AUGAGACUUUGGGUCUUCUUAUCAUUGUUGGGACUCAAUAUUCAUUUGGAAGUGCUUGCUAAUGGCAUUGCAAAUCGUUACUUUUUGGAAAAGCAGCGCUUUUUGUUGGAAAUUCUACAUCAUGUUCACGAACCUUUGAUGAACGAACAGUGGCGAUCGCUGGGAAAGCAAUUGGUGACUGAUAAGGAGCAGUAUGUGGUCUACAACGAGCACAUGAGCGAUUUUUAUAGAGACUUCAGUUUGGGAAAACUUUUACACCGAAAUGUGUACUACAAUCCACUCUAUGCCGAUCAUUUUCGGCAGAUGCUGGGACUAUAUCAUUAUUUCUACAACGCCAGGGACUGGUAUACCUUAUGGCAAAAUAUAAGCUGGGCCCGAGUUCAUGUGCAUCCGGGUAUUUUUGUCCAGGCUCUGACGCAAUUGAUCCUGAAAAGGGAGGAUUAUCAGGCCCUGAUUAUGCCCAAGAUCUAUGAGUUGUGGCCAGAAUCGUAUCACGAUGAUUUAACCGUAGGAAAGGCGAGAAAUUUCAAUUUCGCCAGCUGGAUAAGGUACGAGAAUAUAUCCGAUAUACAAGAAGUCCGUCCGCAAAAAUUGGAACCCUUAAACUUGGAAGGUGAUCUACGGGGUUCCAUUGAAUGGUUUCAGGCUAUGGCCGAUGUGAAUAUUCUAAGAAUGAAUCAAGCGAAAAGGAGGAACAAGCUCGAGCACUUGCUGGAGGAUAUUGAUUGGCAAUCCUAUUGGUAUAAUCUGAAUAUGGGAGUGGUUUUGACGGGCGAAAAGUCGGAUGACUUGCGCGAAUGGAGUUACUAUCAGCUGGGUCAAAUACUGGCUCGCUUUAAACUGGAAUGUUAUGGCCAAAAGCUGACUUAUAAGAGGCUGACAAAGAAACAUUAUUGUGGCAAAAGGGAAGAACCUGCAAAGACGGCCCAAUUUAUAGUUAAAGCUAUAUCAGAAUUGGAGGCAAAAGUAGGGGAUGCCAUUUCGUUUCGAAGUAUUCAGCUGACCAAUGGAAGUCGUAUCAAUCUGCAGGAGAACAACAAUUGGCUUAUUGGACUUCAAGAACUAUUUCUCUAUGAUUGGACACAAUUCGCUGUGGACAAAUCUAUGCAACCAAAUCUUUUACUGGACAUUCGAACUAUAGUGAGAUGCGAGGACUUUUAUUACUACGCCGAGCGAUUACUGGAUUCCUAUCGCUGGUAUCGUCAGGUCUUCCAACCCAAUAACCAGAAGGCAUUUAUUCCCAGCGACCUUCGCAUUGAUGAUGUGCAGAUAACUCCGCUGAUCACCUACGAGCAGCCAGUAGAUGUCGAUAUCAGUAAUAUUCUGCCCGCCAAACAUUUUUACCUUGCAGGGCAGUUUGUGUGGCCUUUGACCUUGCAACACCGGCAGUUUCGACUGCAACAUAAGGAUUUUUCAUACAACCUGCAAGUAACAAGCAACAAAACGCAAUCCACAAUUUUCCGGGUUUUUCUCACAACUUCAGAGCGUGGAAACAUUCAGAGAGAGCCGUUCUAUCAGCUCGAUUCGUUUCUGACUGUGAUAUACCCAGGAUUGAACCGAAUAGCCAGGGAAUCUAAGCAGUUUGCCGGCCUGGCUGGAGAUCACAUCUCCUACACCGAGCUCUACCAGUUUGUUAAACUAGCCGAGAGGGAGGAAUUCGACUUCCCCCUUAAUAUUUCAACUCCCAAUUGCGGAUUCCCCAGGCGUCUGAUUUUACCACGCGGGGGUACGGCGAAUCCCCUUAAAUUGCGACUUCUGAUCGUGGCCACCGUCUAUGACUUCAAGGCUCGGCGGGAAAACGAACUCAAUUGUGACUUCAGCAGGGGCGUCAGUCGAUGGGAUGAGCUGCCCUUGGGUUAUCCCUUUGAACGCUUCCUGGAAGACGACACCCAAGCUGUGGAAAUAUCCGGGGACCAUGUGUACUGGAAGGAUGUGCACAUCCUGCAUGAAAGUCCCUAG